UAAUGCUUCAUAAAUAAAAGUGACAUGACAGUCAACCGCUCACCGAGUCCCCAAAACAGUACUGUUGACUGCAAACAAGUCAGAAGUGCUUUCUAAGUAGUGCUGUUGGUUUUGGUGGAGCCUUUAAGGCUGGGUGGACAUAAACCGUAAAUGUUUUAAGGGCGUGUAUGGUGACUAUGCUCUCAUGUUUAGAUCAGAUGGCCAGGUGAGCUGUACUAGGCUGUGAACACUCUAAAGAGCAGGUUGGGCGUUGGGGUCAGACCAGUUCUUCCAGUCAAUCCGUUGACCAAUACCAUAGUGGACAAUCUCUGGUAUGGUGACAAAAGCUGAGAGAGAUGCAGCGAACUACAGGUUAUAGAGGGAGAAAAUGGAGCUUUGAAACAUACUUAACCCAGACAAACAGCAAGGAAAGGGGAUCCUUUUUGUUCAAAGAGAAUCUUAGUGCAGCUAGUGGUGCCGCCGUUCCCCUUCGACCGAGGGCUCUCUCGCAGCCUGGCGGGGCCAACCCGCUCCUCAGCGUCAAGUCGGCUGAGCUGAGGCGGCGGGCGAUGUCCUCGCGCUCCAAGUCGGCGCUGGAGGACGAGCUGUCGUGCCCGGUGUGCUGCGAGAUCUUCACCGACCCCGUGGUGCUCCAGUGUAGCCACAGCUUCUGCAAGAACUGCCUGCAGCAGUUCUGGAACAAGAAGGCGGCCAAGCGCGAGUGCCCCCUCUGCCGCACCAAGUGCUCGCUCCAGGAGCCCACGGUCAGCCUGGCUCUGAAGAACGUGUGCGACAGCCUGCUGAAGGAACAGAAGCUCCAGGCCGCCGCCGCAGCUGGGGCCAGCGGAGAGGCCAGUGGAGGCGCAGGGCCUCCGGAGCUAUGUCCGAUACACGGGGAGCCCAUCAAGCUGUACUGCCAGGAGGACAACGAGGUGCUGUGCUGCAUCUGCCAGACGUCCAAGAAGCACCAGGGACACAGCGUCUGUCCAGUGGUGGAGGCCGCCCAAGACCUGAAGGAAGAGCUCAGAAAAGAAGUGAUUCCUUUGAAGAAGAGUCUUCGCGGGCUCUAUGUAGCUAAGCAGGAAUGUGAUGACAUGACAGUAUACAUAAAGAAUCAGAAACAGAUGACAGAGAGGCAGAUAAAGGAGGACUUUGCGGAAAUGUAUCAGUUCCUGCAGAAGGAGGAGGCGGCCAGACUCGCAGUUCUGGAGGAGGAAGAGGAGCAGAAGAAUCAGAUCAUGAAGAAAAAGACCGACAGCAUCACACGAGACAUCCUCACCUUCUCUCAAGUGGUCAUUGCCAUCGAAAAUGAGAUCGCCACCAGCGACACAAAAUUUCUUCAGAAUUACAAGAAUACCACCAAGAGAGCCCAGAUUACACAGCAGGUGCCAGAGAGUGUUCCUGGAGUGCUGAUCAACACUGCCAAGCACCUUGGCUCUCUUAAGUACAGAGUCUGGAACAAAAUGCAGUCUCUUGUGGAGUAUACCCCUGUGACAUUGGAUCCCAACUCUGCGUACACCUGGCUCACCAUCAACAGAGACCUGACCAGCGUGACCAACAGUGGCAAGGUGCACAAGCUGCCAGACAACCCCGAGCGCUUCGACCACUUCGUAUUUGUGCUGGGCUCCGAGGGGUACAUGGCCGGGCGCCAUGCCUGGGAGGUGGAGGUCGGCGACAAGCAGGACUGGGUGCUGGGCGUGGUCAACGAGUCCGUGGAGCGAAAGGGCAAGAUCUCAGGCUGUCCCGAGGGCGGCUUCUGGACCAUCUCGUACUCGGAUGGCGAGUACACAGCCAUGACCAGGCCUCGGACGCCCCUCUGCGUCAGCGCACCGCUGCAGAGGGUCAGAAUUCAGCUGGACUACGUGGCAGGUGAGGUCAGCUUCUCCAACCCCGUGGCUAUGACACCCAUCUACACGUUCAGUGACCAGACCUUCACUGAAAGGAUGUUCCCUUUCUUCUGCCCCGGAGCCAACAUCAAUGGCAACAAUGGCAGCCCGCUGAAGUUGUGCCCUGCAAAGGUUGCUGUGUGGAAUAGCGCCACCUGGUGACGAGGAGAACUGCUCAUACUUUAUUUGACUUCCUGUGCUAAAACUAAUUGCAACCUUGAUUCAAUGAGUUGAUAUUUUCCUUGUGUGUGUUAAGAAUUGAUUGUAAAAGUUUGAUUCAAAGGUUAACUAAUAGGCUAGUGACAAAUAGUCAGAAAGGGCUUUAGUUUUUGAGAUACCCCUACCGGAGGUAGAACUAAACCUAACAAUGUUUUUCCUCAUCUCUAAGGUCUCCCAUAUAUGAAAUGGAUU